GUUGCAACCGGAAAUGUCAAGCCCUGAACAAAGCCCUGUACAAACAGUUAAAGGAACUGACUGGAAUAUGUAUGUGUUUAGAUAAUCAUAUAGAAAUAAAAAUGGAUGUUAAACAUGUAUGGGUUUUUGUUAUAUAUCAAGUAGCUUGAAACCACUAAUUAUUAACGUAAAAUUUUACGGACCAGUACUUCUUAAUACGGACCAGUACCUCUAAGGUCCACUGGUCCCUAUUGGCCAGUCCUGCCCAAAUUCUGUUUUAACCCCUACUUUAACACUUUAUUAGAUGUGCCUACACUAAGUACCCAUGCUGUUUAUAGCACAGUUUGUUUCCUUCACCUUAAUUGAUAUCUGCAAUAUCUUUAAUAACAUAAAUACCAUGCUAAACUGAUUAUUACUUGCCUAUUUUCACUUGCCUAUUUUCAAAUAUUAAGUGAAUUAUUACAUUUGAAUAAGGCAUAAAAAUCACUUUUUGCACAUCAAGCUGGGGGAUAUGUAAUUCACUGAGAUAUGAUGAGAAAGGGUUGCAUUUGGUGGCGGUUGCUGGUAGACAGGUUACCAAUUAAUGGCUGCUUCUUUAUUUCAUUUGUGGGAAUAAAAUAAUGCGACAAUAUGUAUACAUAUAUUCAAAACCUGUCUGGUAAGUAGAUUGAUGAACUGUCCACGUGGUAUGUAUAAUAUAACUACUAGAAUUUCAAAUUUAGGGUAUCUACUUCAACCCUUAUCAUUUUGACAAUUAUGCUCUAUAAUUUGCACAUUAGGUACAAAGGAGAAGGCACCACAAGAGCCCACUAUCAGGGUUGGUGGACCUGGCAAGGAAGUUUGUCAUGUAAAAUCAGGACCUGAACUUCAAACUGAACCAAUUGUGAAAGUGGACAGUGUCUUUGCACAUCUACUAGUAGAACUGACAACGAAUUGGCGGAGUUUACAGUUAUUGUUCCAAACAGUGGUUUGUGUCAGCAUAUAAAAUAUAUACUGGUGUCUGAAAUUUGUCAGAAGAAUCCUGCCAUUACAGAAAAAGGUUUUUGCUUAAUAACUGUCUUUUUAAUAAUGAUAACAACUUGAACUUCAAGAGGCAUCUUAUUUGGAUCGAGAAAUCAUAAUUAUGUUUUACCUUCUUAGUAUUAAGGGGUAUUUAAAAAACACAGGAAGAGGGGCUAGCAUCCUUUUCUCUCGGUAGUGACCAUUAGUCAUUUGGAAUUAGCCAUCUGGAAUUAAUUAGUAGUUAACUUAACCCCUGGCUCCUAGUGACCAAUAGUCACGUGAAAAACAACCUAUAUGGCCUGUCCAAUAAUCAUCCAGUUGCGUAACUAAUUAAGACAAUAGACCAAUAGCAACAAGCCUUAACUUCAGGCCCCUUUUUCAAAUAAGAAGGGAUGUCAGUUGAGACCGCAGCGACGCAGCAGUACAGAGCAUCAUGAAACUUUCUCGAAUGUAUUAAUAACCAGCGAAUUUUAUUGCUUUGGUAUAUAUAACCUACCUUGAACCUACAACAACCACUGACUAUGAAACCUACUAUCGAUAAUGGCACAGGACUUCGGCGCCUGGGCGGCCGCAUAUGAGUUAAGUACAGAGACUUUGGACGUCCUGAAAGAAGCAGGGUUUGCGAGCGUUAGGUCAUGCAGACUUCUAAUGGACGCGCUUAUUCAGAAAACGUUCGGGAAAGCCAUCCCCUUGGGUCAGAUUCUGAUGCUACAGGAAGCAGUUGCUGCUUUCAAAACAGGGGGAAGGAGAGAGGACGAACGCGAGCCGCUGGGCCCAUCGUUCCCUGGACCAUCAAACAGCGAAGAACGCCAGCAACCUCUAACAGACAACAACGUGAAUCGUGACCCGGAUGUGAACCUGGGCGGAAAUGACGCAACCCGCAACAUGGCCGCGCCCUGUAACGAGGCUGUCUCGGAGAUGAAUCCUACUGGCGGAGCAACGGGGGAAUUAGAUUUUACAAAAAUCUGCCAGCUGUUGGACGAAAGGAGCCCAACUGACCCCACGGGGACCAACCAUGAAGGUAAGGGCACUUUUGAUCCCUUCACCACAAACAAAUCUACGGCUAAACGUCACUAUGACAUACGAGAUUUCGUAAUGUUCAGACAAAACUACAACGCCAGUGAAUCGUCCAACACAUCGUUGCGGAUAGGAGACUUCAACGUAAUCCUAAACGAUAGGAGACCUUCGUUAGAGACUAUAACACAGGCCCAAUACAUGGAGGCCAGCAUGAAGAUUUUACAGGAGAUAAUUGACAAAGACAACGCUGAUAUGGUCACAGUUAGUAGUUACGUGGGUUACAUCACAAAGAUCGCCUGUAUGGCCCAGACCUUCACUUGGGCGUCCCUGCUGACAUACGAUACGGAAUACCAUAAGCUCCAGGUGGCUCAGGGCUUUCAGUGGGGUAGUGAUGAUGACAAGAAUGAUGGGGACGAAAUUAGUGGUCUUGAUGGAACUUUCCCAACUCUUCAGACUCAUGAGCCAAUCCCUGGAGGCAAGUUCAAGAAGUCACAAGUUGACACGUUGAAAAAUAGGACAUUAACACCACUAUAUAGGAGUCAAUGUAAUUCUAUAUCGAAUAAUCAUAUUGGUUCGUCAUGA